UCAAAAGCAACUACAAUUCCAGAAGUUCAUAAAGUUUAUUAUACUCUGAAAAUUUAGCAGCGACUUUCCUGAAGAAGCGGAGGCAAUCUGGAAAUUCUGUAUUUAGCUACAUGAAGUCUUGGGAUCAGACUUUCCAGCGAGUUCAGCCUCAUUCACUUAUGGUGAUGCUAAUAAACUUUUCUGGUAACCAUGAGGAUGGAGAAACUGACGACUGGCAGGAUACAACUUCCGUCCUCUUUUGCGGUUUUGCUGCUGCGGGCUUUGAUGCUGUGGAGGACGGUGGAGCUUGGCAGAGCUGUAGGAGACAUCCCGACUGACUCUUACAGCUCUUGCUUAGAUGGAUGCUCCUGCGGUAUAUUACUCUCCAAACAUCUUCAUGAGGAGCUGAAGACUUUUGAUUGUUCAUUUACCAACAUGAAAACGUUUCCUGAGAAGUUGCCAAAUGAUCUGCAGGUACUAACUGUCAGAGGAAAUUCCAUUUACCAUGUUUUGGACAAUUUAUCACAACUCACUGGCCUGCGAGAACUAGAUUUGUCUAGAAAUCGAAUAAAAUCCUUUGGAAAAGGAGGAAUGUUUCAGAACAUGUCACGACUGUCGUACUUGAAUGGCAAAAACACUAUAUCCACUAUUUUCCAUGAUAAUCUUGUUGGUCCCAAAGCACUCGAACACCUAGUUCUCUCAAAUAACAAAAUAAACUAUAUCGAAGAUGAGGCUUUGGUGGAUCUUAAAAACCUACAGACUCUGGACCUGGAACAAAAUUUUUUGGGCUCAUUAUAUGAGGAAUGGUUUCAUGGUCUAAAACAAUUGGUGGUUCUUAACCUAGCGCAUAACAGGAUUCACAACAUCCCAGCAUCGGUGUUUCGAGCUCUGGGGGCAUUAGAACGUCUAUACUUGGCUGGUAAUCGAAUUUCAACUGUAGACCCCCGCGCUUUCUCAGGCUUGAUCAGUCUUCAGGUUUUGACACUCGAAGACAAUCUUCUAGAAAGAAUACCAACAGCAGCCUUUCAGAGUUUACCAAUGUUAGAGAGGCUUUCUCUUGACCAAAAUCCACUUACGAAGAUUAAACCACUGGACUUUUCCCACCUCAGUGUAACAAAGAUAAGUUUAUGUCACAUGCCAGAACUUAAUAUAAUUGAUUCUAAAGCCUUUUACAAUCUGGUCAACAUUUCAACUAUAGAAAUAACUAACAAUGAGAAGCUAGCAUAUAUUGACCCACUCGCCUUUAUGAACGUAGACGCAUUGAAGGAACUACAACUUCAUAAUAAUAAACUUGAAGGUAUACAGAAAGAAAUGGCUCGAUAUAUGCCCGAAGGUGUAGAGAUUUCAUUACAUGAGAACCCCCUAAAGUGUGAUUGUAAUGUGCGCUGGCUACGUCAGUUGAUAGAUCUUGGUGUCAGUGCAAACAUAUCCCUUCUUGAACCCGACCACUUAGUGUGCUACAGCCCGCCCACUUUAGCACACAAGCUCCUGAAAGACGUUGUCGUCUCCAAACUUCCCAAAAUUUGUGCUCCUACAGUGCUAAAUUUAACCCAGUCUCAAAACGUUGUGGGCAAAGUUGGUGAACGUCAGGUGCUAGAAUGUCGCGCCUUGGGUUCACCCCGGCCGAGGUUACACUGGAUCCUGCCAGAUAAUUCAUUGGUUAACUCGACUCUGAAUGAGGUCAGACGAAGAUUUUUUCCUCCUGGGACACUAGUCUACUAUCAUCUGAAGCCCACAGAUCGAGGUGUAUACACUUGUGUGGCCGAAAAUACUGUAAAUAGAACUUACAGCUCCAUAACCCUGAAUGUUACUGGUAUUGACAUGCACCUUUUUCCAGUUCGUGUCUCGUCAACCUUUGUAACUCUUGUCUGGAAUGGCACAGAACGUCGAGCCUUUCCCUCUUACAAGAUUGUUUACUCCGAAGUUGACGCCAAUGGCACUGAAGUGGGAGAAAAACGUUCAAGCAUGACAAGUCCAUCACGAAAGACUUUUACCAUUAGUCGACUUAAACCUGAAUCUCAUUACUACUUCUGCAUUGGUAAUGAAGACAGCACUGGUUACUGGCUUCAGAUCUCUUGCUGCCACGCUACUACCCAGGAUGUGGAGUUCAUGAUGCAAGGGAUAUCCAGAACCUCAAAUGUAGCAGUAGCAGCCGUUAUGGGUAUUAUAUUGGUAAUGACAGUCGUAGUGUGCCUCAUGUCCGUUCUCUCCAGGAAGUACCGCCAGAGAAUGUACGAGACUCCGGACAAAGGCAGUGAAGGUUCUAUCAUUCCACUGGACAACCUGUACCGGCCUCUGUUGACGGGAUCCUGACGGUUAAAAGGAGGCGAGGGCUUCCAUCCUAUAUUGCUUCGUCGUCCUCCCUGCUGUGCCCCUGAUCCUGCCUCCCCAGGGCCUAACACCCCCCCACCCAGGGCACGCAAUAACCUCUCUACCAAGAAUAGUCCCACACAAACACCAACGCCUCCAGCUAGACCCAACAUAGUGGAGGACUGUUCCUGUGCACC